CCGUGACCUUGUGGCAUCGCGCAGUUUGAAAAAUCCCUCCGGGAACUUGAUGUGCACGGGCUGCGGGCGGCCUGCGGCGCUCCCGCGUUCUCUCCCGCAGCUGCGGUGCCGGGGCCGGGGCGCGGCGGGGCUCGGAGCCAUGUGUGACCGGCACACGUAGCGCCAUGCCGGCCCGGGCCGGUGCCGCGGGGUCAGGAGCUGCCCGAGGAUCGCUCCGGGAUCGGCAGCGCCGGCCCCGCGCUGUGAGCUGAGCUUGGCCCGCGUCCAUCGAGUGCCGUGUCCUGCGCUGCCUGCGGGAGCGAGCGGCUCCGACGGCGCUGUGCGGAGAUGGCUGCGCGCUCUGCCCUGCCCCUGUGCCCCGCAGACAGCCCCGGGCCGGGACUGUGCGGGGAGAGGCUCUGAGCCCCGCGCUGCCCAGCCGAGCUGCUCAAAGCGCUGCUGGAGGCUCCGUGAGCAGGGGCCGCGGAAGGGACGGCAUGGCGGUGAGCAUGGACGAUGAUGUUCCCCUAAUCCUCACCCUGGACGACAGCGGGAGCAGCGCCUCAGCCCCUCUGGACGAGCUGGAUCGGGAGGAGCUGCCCAACGAAAAUGGAGGCAGCUAUGACGUUGUGAACGAUGCCUCCAGCCCCGCAGCCAGGGAGUGCUGUGCCCAGCAGAGCUCUGCCCGCCACAACUGGGAGAUGAACUACCAAGAGGCAGCCAUCUACCUCCAGGAAGGAGAAAACAAUGACAAGUUCUUCACUCACCCCAAAAAUGCCAAAGCACUCGCUGCCUACCUCUUUGCACACAACCACCUUUUCUACCUGAUGGAGCUGAGCACAGCCCUGCUGCUGCUGCUGCUGUCCCUCUGCGAGGCUCCAGCGGUCCCCAUGCUCCGUCUGGGCAUCUUUGUCCACGCAACCCUGGAGCUGUUCGCGUUAAUCGUGGUCGUCUUUGAGCUCUCCAUGAAGAUGAGGUGGCUGGGCUUCCAAACCUUUAUCAGGCACAAAAGGACUAUGGUCAAGACGUGUGUGCUGCUGGUGCAGUUCGUGGAGGCCAUCGUGGUGCUGGUGCGCCAGACCUCGCACGUGCGCAUCACCCGCGCCCUGCGCUGCAUCUUCCUCGUCGACUGCCGCUACUGCGGGGCUGUCAGAAGAAAUCUGCGACAGAUCUUCCAGUCCCUCCCACCAUUUAUUGACAUCCUUCUCCUCCUGCUUUUCUUCAUGGUGAUUUUUGCUAUUCUGGGUUUUUACUUGUUUUCUCCUAACCACUCGGAUCCAUACUUCAAUACCUUAGAGAACAGCCUGGUGAAUCUCUUUGUGCUUCUGACCACUUCAAACUUCCCUGAUGUGAUGAUGCCAUCCUACGCCCGGAACCCCUGGUCCUGUGUCUUCUUCAUCGUGUACCUCUCCAUCGAGCUCUACUUCAUCAUGAACCUGCUUCUGGCUGUUGUGUUUGACACUUUCAAUGACAUUGAGAAGAGGAAGUUCAAGUCGCUGCUGCUGCACAAGCGCACGGCCAUCCAGCACGCGUACCGGCUGCUGGUCACCAAACAGAGGCCGUCUGGAAUUUCCUUCAAGCACUUCGAAGGGCUGCUGCGGUUCUACAAGCCUCGGAUGUGUGCCAGGGAGAGAUAUCUCACCUUCAAAGCACUGAACCAGAGCAAUACCCCUUUAGUCAGUCUAAAGGACUUUUACAAUUUCUAUGAAGUUGUUGGCUUAAAAUGGAAGGCAAAACGGAACCGCGAGCACUGGUUUGAUGACCUGCCACGGACUGCAUUCCUUAUUUUCAAAGGCAUCAACAUCCUGGUGAAAUCCCGUGUGUUCCAGUACACUAUGUACACUGUGGUGGCUGUGAAUGGAAUUUGGAUUCUUGUUGAAACCUUCAUGUUGCAAGGAGGGAAUUUCUUCUCCAGGAAUGUCCCAUGGAGCUACAUAGUCUUCCUCACAAUCUAUGGUGUGGAGCUGCUCCUGAAGACCACUGGGCUGGGGCCUGUGGAGUACCUGUCCUCAGGCUGGAAUCUCUUUGACUUCUCAGUCACCCUGUUUGCAUUUUUGGGGCUCAUGGCACUGGCAUUUAAUAUGGAGCCCUUCUACUUCAUCGUGGUCCUGCGCCCCCUCCAGCUGCUGAGGCUGUUCAAGCUGAAGAAGCGCUACAGGAACGUGCUGGACACCAUGUUUGAGCUGUUCCCUCGCAUGGCCAGCCUGGGUUUAACCCUGCUGAUCUUCUACUAUUGCUUUGCCAUCGUUGGCAUGGAGUUCUUCGCUGGCGUGGUCUAUCCCAACUGCUGCAACACAAGCACAGUUGCAGAUUCCUACCGCUGGGUGAACCACACAGUUGGCAACAAAACAGUUGUGGAAGAAGGUUAUUACUAUCUCAACAACUUUGACAACAUUCUGAACAGCUUUGUGACUCUGUUUGAGCUGACGGUGGUCAAUGACUGGUACAUCAUCAUGGAAGGGGUGACCUCCCAAACCACUCACUGGAGCCGUCUGUACUUCAUGAUCUUCUACAUUGUGACCAUGGUGGUGAUGACCAUCAUCGUGGCUUUCAUCCUGGACGCUUUUGUCUUCCGCAUGAACUACACUCGCAAGAACCAGGAUUCAGAAGAAGAUAAUGGCAUUGUGCUGGAGAAGGAGAUCUCCAAGGAGGAGGUGAUAGGCAUAAUUGAGCUGUACAAGAGGAUUUCAGCUGCCCCUGAAACAGCUCAGCUGCAGAAGAUCGUGUUGCAGAUGGACAAAUACGGGCAAAUGUCAACAGUGUUUCUGGGACGCAGGUCGAGGACCAAGAGUGAUCUGAGUAUGAAGAUGUAUGAGGAGGAGAUACAGGAAUGGUACGAGGAGCACUCCAGGAAAGAAGAAUCUCAGACACCUCUGCAAGAGCCUGCACCUGCUCCCAGCAGCUCUCUGAAGCCCCUGAGCCUCCGGCAGCGCUCCCAGACUGUCAUUUAGGCCUAGCUAAUGCAAGCCACCUUCUAUGCAAUAACCUAGAGUAUUCCUCCCCAGGCUGUAUUUUGGGAGGGUGUAUAUAGAUCUGUGUACCAGUGUAGGGAUCCAGCUCUCCCCCAGCAGAGGUUGCUGAGAAGCCAGAGGCCCAGGGGCUCUGGGGAAGGCUACAGCACACAGGCUGAGUGUGAUGCUCAGCACAUCUGGGCAGAGCCCAGCCCUGGUCCCUCUGAGCCCCUUCCCAAGCUCCAGCUCCUGCUGCUUGUCUCACCACUAACAGACCUUGGGGAAAGGGAUGUGUAACCCAUUAACAGCAGGGAAUUCACUGAAGUCACCUGUUUCACUGUAAAACCUUGGGAAGAUCCCUGUUGCUCAAAGGGUACCAUGAACCUAGGGACAAAGAUCAGGGAGUGAGUUUUUGUUUCUUCUCCACCUUCCUUAUACAAAGAAAGGGGAGGUGUUGUGAAAUCUCAGCACUUUUAGAAGGGCAGCCUGCCCUCCCCCUCCUUUUUGGCACUCCUAGAUGCACUCCCAGUAGUAGCUCCAGCUCUGAUUGCUGAAUUUCACUGUCCCUGAGCAGUUCUGAGCACCAGUGCCUCAUCAUGUUAUGGCUGUAGGUGGGACAGGGUUUGGAGACACUGUCUCUGCUGUAUCUGCAUCACUGCUGGUCAUCCUGCCCCUGUCACUGCCUGGGCUUGGGUCACCUCUGCAAACCCCAGAGCCCCUGUGUCUGUUCAGGGAGGGGCAUUCUGCAGGGUGGCAUGGCUGCUAGGCUCUGCCACGUGGCCACCUGCUCUGGAAAACCUCUCUGGCCAGUCCUUAGCUCAGAUAAAUGACUGGGAAGAAGAGUAGAAGGUUUGGCAGUUCCAUAUCUGGCUUUUUUCUGCCUGGAGAACUCCUGGGCAUCACACAGUCCUGCUGGUCAGCCCUCAGUCCAGAAAAUCCCAGCACAGAAUGGGGCUCCUCCCUGGCAGGAGUGCUGCUCAGGCUGGAAAACAUCAGCUCAGUCAGAUCUUGGAAGAUCCACUGAAGAGCUCUGCUGUUCCCUUGGUUUUGGAUGCAGGAAGAAUGUGGAAGAGGAUUCUUCUCACCUGUCUGCUUGUCUGCACCUGAGAGCUGAGGGACGAGGAGGAAGGGGGAAAAGGGCUCCUUUCCCAGCUCUGUUUGUGGGGUUGUGGCUUUGUGUCAUCCAUUGUCAUCGUUUGUCUCUCCAAGUCCCUCUUUUCCCUGUCAGGGCUGGAAGAUCCCUCACCUCUCACUGUUUGAUCUUUCCUCGGGUUCAGACUAAGAGUGGAGCUUCCUGGGGAGGUUUCCCCCCUUCCUCCAGGUGCAGCAGGCAGUGGGAGAUGUGUCCCCAUCCCCUUUGUCCCACAUGGCUGUCUGUUCCUUGGUGGCCCCAGGACAGCAGGAGAGGGCUGAUCCUACCCAGGCAGCUCAGGAGCAUUUCCUGGGUGGGUGAGACUUUCAGGGGGAGGCAAGACAGAGCUGUUUCUGGAAAUCUCUCCCUCCAUGGCACAGUGGGAGCACUUGGAAGGAGGGGGAGAGCUGCACACACACACACCAGUGGCUGCUCCCAACCCCUGCCAAAUUCCCCGGGUGCCUCACAGCAACUCUUUGUUUCCUUUCUGGAUACUUGCAGGUAUGAAACUACUUCUGAGCUGACCCGUGAAGGACCUUAAAGGGCUGUUUUCCAAACCAUAAAUUCAGCUACAUAUUAAGGAGCAGUGCAGUUGUUGCUCUUGCAGUUGCUCUGUGUGGAGUGGCAGCCCAGGAGGUUGAUCCAGAUUAGCCCUGGGGCUGCAGGAGAUGGUGUUUGUUGUGCUUUAAGUUGUGGGCAGCAUGAAUGAGCAUUAUGAAGGUUAGUGGGGGAAAAAAAUGUGGCUGUGUUUAAUCUCCACAUUCCCUUACAGCUGAUUUUUCCUGGCAGGGUUGUCAGUGACUUUUUUGGGGUGUUUUCUGGGUGUGAAAGGAGCUGUGGCUUUAAGCUGUGUUGAGGAAGGCACUGACCACUGACCAUGCAAUAAAGGGCUCCCUGGAGGGCUGGGGGUCAGGGUGCAGCCUCCAAGGUGUUGAUCCUCCCCCACACACCCCCUGUGUUCAUUAUUUUUAUAGAACCAAGGAAGGUGGCAGGAGUUUGCUUCUUCCAUAUGACUUUGGAAGGAAACAAAGUUUGAGUACGGGGCAUCCCCUUCUAUUUAUCCUCCUCUCCCUCCCCCAACACACAGACUGACGGAGACAAUCAUUUUGUAGGGAGCACGGGAGGAAGCACUGCAGGAUUUUGUAUGCUGGCGUUUUGUUUAUAAAAAAACCCGAUUUUAUGGACGUGUCUGUCAGAUGUUCUCUAGAUUUUUUUCAGGCGCACUAAUAAAGAGCAUCCUCGGCUUCGUAAAGGAGCA